AUGGUUGUAUCUUGCUGUGUCAAAGGCUGCAAGUCCAGAGGUGGUCAAAAUAUAAAGUUUCAUAGAAUUCCUAAAAUAGAUAUCGGUAAAGAAUGGAUUUCAUUUGUUAAGAAAUAUAAUCGAUUAUUUCAACCAAAAAAUACUUCAAAAAUAUGUGAGCUUCAUUUUGACCCUGGUUUGUACGAAAUCUCGUUAACUAAUGUUUAUAAUACAAGGCGAUUGAAAGAAAAUGCUGUACCAAGUAUUUCUAAACAAAGUUUAUUUGUUUAUUAA